AUGGCUGAACACUCACGAUUGCCUUGCAAUCAGUGUUUGUUUUUCACGUCCGCGGGCUGCAAGCGGGGUGACGCCUGCGCCUUCUGCCAUCACCUUGUGGCACCGCAGGCAGCUCCAUCCCGGCCGCGCAAGCACAAACGUGAUGCAAUGCGGCAACGCAUCUGGAGUCUCCUGGAGCAGUUGGAUGUCGAAAAACAAGAGCCCCAGGAGAUUGUGUACCAGCUGCAGAUCGAAAUUCAGGGGACGUACUUCCGCCGUGUCGCCCAAGGUGCAGUAGACAGCCUUGUGGAGGUUGAACCCAAACAAGUGACUCAGGGAUCUUGCGGAGCUUUGGACUGCUUUUCGGUGUAG